AAUCUUGGAGUUUAAAGCUGAUAGCUUCUCAAGAAAAUGGACAUCAAGAAGAAAGAAGCCAUGGCUUUUCUUUUUGCAUCUUUGGCAAUAUUGGCCUUUGCCAUCAGCGCAAAUGCCCAACCCCUUGUUCCGGCUUUGAUCACAUUUGGAGAUUCGGCUGUGGAUGUCGGAAAUAACAACUACCUUCUCACCCUUUUCAAAGCUAAUUAUCCACCUUAUGGAAGGGAUUUUAUUAACCACCAACCCACCGGAAGGUUCUGCAAUGGAAAGCUUGCUACUGAUAUUACAGCCGAUACUUUGGGGUUUACAACUUAUCCGCCAGCAUAUCUUAGCCCUCAGGCAUCGGGGAAGAACCUUCUCAUUGGAGCCAACUUUGCUUCUGCUGCAUCUGGAUAUGAUGACAAAACAGCCUACUUAAACCAUGCUAUACCACUGUCCCAGCAAUUGCAGUAUUUCAAAGAGUAUAGAAGCAAGCUAGAACAAGUAGCAGGCACCAGUCAAGCAGCAUCCAUCACCGGGGGUGCACUAUAUAUUUUGGGUGCUGGUAGCAGUGACUUCUUACAAAAUUAUUACUUCAAUCCCUUGCUGAACAAAGUCUACACCCCCGAUCAGUAUUCUUCCUACCUUGUUGGCAUAUUCUCAAACUUCGUGAAGAAUUUGUAUGGGUUAGGAGCCAGGAGAAUUGGAGUGACUUCAUUGCCGCCACUGGGGUGUCUUCCAGCAGCCAGAACUUUAUUUGGAUUUCACCAGCCUGGGUGCGUUGCUAAUCUCAACACCGAUGCCCAACAAUUCAAUAAGAAGAUCAACUCCGCCGCAGCCCAGCUCCAGAAACAGUUUCCAGACCUCAAGCUAGCCGUCUUCGACAUUUUCAAUCCCCUGUACGACGUGGUCAAAUCCCCUUCCAAUUAUGGUUUCAAAGAAGCAACCAGAGGUUGCUGCGGAACAGGGACAGUUGAGACAACGAUAUUCUUGUGCAAUCCGAAGUCACCAGGAACCUGUAGCAACGCAACCCAAUAUGUGUUUUGGGACAGCGUACAUCCAUCUCAGGCUGCGAAUCAGAUUCUUGCCGAUGGGUUGAUCGCUCAAGGCAUCAGCCUCAUAGCUAUAAAAACAGUAGUCAUGGCAAAAACUUACAAAGAUAAAGAAAUUUUCAUCAUAAGCGGCAUGCCAUGUCCUCGAUUAACUCCUUCUUUCAAGACAAACCUUUUCAAGAAAAUGGGCGUCAAAACAAAAGAAGCAUUAGCUUUCAUAUUUGCAUCAUUGGCCUCCGCCAUGAUUGUAGUUGCCCAACCCCUUGUUCCCGCACUGAUAAUUUUUGGCGACUCGGACGUGGAUGUCGGGAAUAACAACCACCUAUCAACCUUUUUCAAAGCCAAUUUUGCACCUUAUGGGAGGGAUUUUGCUAGUCAUCAAGCCACUGGAAGGUUCUGCAACGGAAAGCUAGUUACUGAUUUUACAGCUGAUACUCUGGGCUUUACUCUCUAUCCGCCAGCAUAUCUUAGCCCCCAUGCAUCAGGGAAGAGCCUUCUCAUUGGAGCCAACUUUGGUUCUGCUGGAUCUGGCUACGAUGAAAAAACUGCCUCCAUAAAUCAAGCUAUAUCAUUGCGGCGGCAAUUCCAAUAUUUCAAGGAGUAUAAAAGCAAGCUAGAAAAAUCAGCAGGCACCAAAAAAGCAGCAUCGAUCAUCGGGGAUGCUCUGUAUAUUUUGGGCACUGGUAGCGGUGACUUUUUACAAAAUUAUUACUUCCAUCCUGCACUUAACAAAGUCUACACCCCUGCUCAGUACUCUUCCUACCUGGUCGGCAUACUCUCCAACUUCGUCAAGGAAUUGUAUGGGUUAGGAGCCAGGAGAAUUGGAGUGACUUCACUACCGCCACUGGGUUGCCUCCCAGCAGCCAGAACUUUAUUUGGGUCCACCCGCCAGAGUGGAUGCGUUGCUCAUCUCAACACUGAUGCCCAAGGAUUCAAUCAAAAGCUCAACUCCACCGCAAUCCAGCUUCAGAAGCGGCUUCCGGACCUCAAAUUAGCUGUCUUCGACAUUUUCAAGCCCCUCUACGACGCUGUCAAAUCUCCUUCAGAUUAUGGUUUUAAAGAAGCAACCAGAAGUUGUUGCAGAACAGGGACAGUUGGGAAAACUGUAUUCUUGUGCCGUUCAAGAUCAUCACGAAGCUGUAGCAACGCAACCCAAUAUGUAUUUUGGGAUGGGGUACAUCCUUCUGAGGCAGCUAAUCAGCUUCUUGCCGAUUCAGUACUCUUACAAGGCAUCAGCCUGAUAGGAUGAGUUCCAACUUUUCUUUCACUAGGUGCAUUUGCGAACUCUACCAAAGAAAAAGGACGGGGAAAAAAAACAGAAAGAAAAAAGGGUGCAUCUGUAAGAGCUAGGCCUAUCAUAAAAUUUUUUUUCCCACUUUUUCUGUAUUCCGAUUGCCAAUGGAUUCUGCUGUACUUCAAUAACGUCUCUAUAUUCCAAGUACGUGCCUUAAUUUUGAUAAA